AUGGUUGUAUCAUGGACUGAGUAUGGUCCAAGCAUGUCUCUUCUUGAAUAUCUAUUGAUCUCUCUACCACCGAUCCCACUACAGCGGGUAGUUCGUUCUCGGAAUACCACCAAUGAUCACUAUUUUCAUCGUGAUAUCACCGAGAUUAUGCAUUGGCCUGACUUCAACUAUAACUCUAUUAUCCAAGAAUUCGGUCCGGUUCUGAAUACAGUUCGGAUGAACCCAGAUCCUUUUAUGUCUCCACCCGCCGCUAUAAGGGAUGAGCCCCUCUUCCAAAAUCGCUGGGCAGGAGUUGCUGGUCAGCUCACACCAAUACAAUAUGACGGUGGGAGUAGGGGAGCACUAGUCGACAAUUUCAGGCCAGACACAGCAUUUGUGGUUGUUGGCGGCGAUUAUGCCACCAGUCCCAAUCGAGGCCGCUCGACGGUUCCGGCAGAUAUGAUUGAAUACAAACAGGUUCUAUCACAAUUGAACUGGUACAUUCGUCAGCACAAAGCUCGAUAUGGACAUAUUCUCACGAACACUGAAUUUGUGGCCGUGAAACGAGUGGAAGAAACAAACGGCCGAUUAGCACUUGCCUCACCAAUUCCCUGGUCGGCUGGUGGACAUGGCCAACUUUCUGUAUUGUUGGGUAUAUGGUAUCUUGCUAUGCUGACGACCCGAAACGACUGGUCGCUUGAAGUCAGAUGAUCCCAAAAGAGGUCCCGGUGCCGACAAUUUACUCAACAG